GAGACUCAGCCCUGGCGAAAAGGACCCAUCCUUCCAAUGCAGUAGGUAAUUUGCAAGGAUCCGCCACUCGCAUUCCGUAUGCAAAUGAGGAGGGCCUCUGGGCGGGGCGGAGCGCGGCCGGGAUUCAGCACCGAGGGUCGGAAGAGCACGCCGAGCCCGGGGAGCAUCGCUUCUUCUCCGGCCGGCGCCCCAGAGGAGGGACGCCGCGCUCCGGGAGACUGUAGAUGAGGCUUGAAGCGCUCACGCCCCGCGGCGAAGCUGUCGAAAUCCCAGACUGCGAAGAGCCGUCAGUUCAGCCUCUUCGCGCCCGAGGUUUCAGGGGCCGGUCAUUUCUCCAUCCCUGGAGAGAGAUCCCUUCCCCGAGGAAGUGAAAAUAAUGAACUUUUGGAGGUAUUGCUGUUUUGCUUUCAUCCUGCUCUGUGUGGUUAUUUUGGUGAUCCUUUAUAGUAGCCAGUUAAACGUGCCAAAGAGUUUCGGGAAGGUGAACGGUUCCAGUCCACGGUAUUCUCCAGCGCAAGCCUGUGAUGACGCCUUAGGAGCUAAGUCAGCCUUUCUGUGGGGGAAGACCUUACCAUCCCCUUUGGGAAGCGUCCCUUGUAAGGACUACCUGAUCCAGAAUCACUACAUCACAAGCCCCCUGUCGGAAGAAGAAGUCGCUUUCCCUUUGGCUUAUGUCAUGGUCAUCCAUAAGGACUUUGACACUUUUGAAAGGCUCUUCAGGGCUAUCUAUAUGCCCCAGAACGUCUACUGUGUUCAUGUGGAUGAGAAAGCCCCGGCUGAGUUUAAGGAAUCUGUAUGGCGGUUACUGAGUUGCUUCCAAAACGCUUUUGUUGCGUCAAAGAGAGAACCUGUGGUCUACGCAGGCAUUUCCAGGCUCCAGGCUGACCUGAAUUGCCUAAAAGACCUUGCGGCCUCCAAGGUCCCAUGGAGGUACGCCAUCAACACGUGUGGGCAAGAUUUCCCCCUGAAAACCAACAAGGAGAUAGUCCGGUAUCUGAAAGGAUUUAAAGGGAAAAACAUAACCCCGGGGGUACUGCCUCCGGAUCACGCAAUUAAACGGACUAAGUAUGUCCACCAGGAGCACAUAGGCAAGGAUGGCUCUUUUGUGAAAAAUACUAAUAUUUUGAAAACCUCGCCUCCACAUCAGCUGACCAUCUACUUUGGCACCGCCUAUGUGGCCCUUACGAGAGAGUUUGUCAACUUUGUCUUCCAUGACAAAAGGGCCAUUGAUCUACUACACUGGUCAAAAGAUACUUACAGCCCCGACGAACAUUUCUGGGUGACACUUAACAGGAUUCCAGGUGUCCCGGGCUCCAUGCCAAAUGCAUCGUGGACCGGUAAUCUCAGGGCUAUAAAGUGGAUCGACAUGGAAGAUAAACACGGCGGCUGCCAUGGCCGCUACGUACACGGCAUUUGUAUCUAUGGAAACGGGGACUUGAAGUGGUUGAUCAAUUCGCCCAGCCUCUUUGCUAACAAGUUUGAGCUGACUACGUACCCCCUCACUGUGGAAUGCCUGGAACUGAGGCUUCGAGAAAGAACCCUGAAUCAGAGCGAAACCGUGAUCCAACCCAGCUGGUACUUCUGAGCCACCGUAACCCGUGAUCGGAGGGCAGUCGCGGCCUUUUCUUCGUGAGAGAACCCGGCCCCGCUUACGGUAACGGUUGUAGCCUCGAGGUCACGGCUGCAGGACCUGGCCGGGUUAUUAUGUGUUACAACACCCGCCGGGCACUGGGAACUGUGCAGUCAGGAGCACUGGGACGAUGCUGGCACGUUCGGCAUCCUGGCCUUCUCUUGACGGUCGUUCCACGUCGGGCUCGUGAUCGGAUCCGUGGCCAGUGGAACUGGCGUCAGACCUUUGCACCAGAUACUCAUCAGAGCGAGAUGCUCUCACAGAAAGGAGAGCUAUAGAUAAUACUGUUUAGGAAAAUAGGAACUGUGUCUCUCCGGAGAAGGAAUCUCCUAUGCCAGACCCGUAGCCACGCGUUCAUGGAUACCCCUCCUCUUUGCUCAGCGGCCCCCCCCCCGGGCAUAGAAACAGCUUCCUGGACACCUCAGCAAUCUCCUUUAAAACCUGAGCUGCUAGAAUGGAGAACUAGAUCGUGUUUCCUGAGUUUCAACAUGAGCACGGUGAGCUUACCGUGUCUGAAGGUCUGUACAGAAUGUAAGUCGUUGACAAGAGGCGGGAUAUGCUAUCAGACAGCAGUCACUGGCGGCUGCUUCGGCAAAGGGACCCCAGGGAAACGGGACCUUUCUUGUGGGUCAGAAUGUACUCUCGUCCCUCUUCCAUUGUUUUCCAUGGCGAAUGCUAAAAAGUUCCCACAGAAUGAAGAUAUUUCUAGAACUGAGGUGCUGUUGCAUGGCUCUCGUCCCAAGUCUCUAACCCUCAGGAAUGAAUCACUUGCCUCUUGGAUCACCACCCUCCACCCCCCACCAAAGUGAUCUUACCUGCAAAAUGGAAUCCAGACUCUAUGCCGAGACACUUUAAGGACUCCAGAGUAUUUUCUGAGUAGCUUUACAAUGCUUGGUGCUGAUAAGAGUGCCUAGAUUUUUAAGAGCUCUCAGCUGUGAGUGAGCUUCUCUGUCGCUUAUCCCUUGUCCCGUUCUCUUACCCAAUUCGUUCCCUCAGCACACAGUAAAUAUUUCUUGAGCGUCUGUUAUACACCAGAUAUGUGCUUGAGACAAGGAGAAAAGUAAGAAACUCCUUGCGUCUGAAAUUCUUGAUAAUAGCAUCCAUGUGGGGAAGGCUGCUCUAGAGAAUCUCACAGCCUGCUUGUAUUUUUUUUUUAAUUUUUUUUUUAACGUUUUAUUUAUUUUUGAGACAGAGAGAGACAGAGCAUGAACGGGGGAGGGGCAGAGAGAGAGGGAGACACAGAAUCGGAAGCAGGCUCCAGGCUCCGAGCCAUCAGCCCAGAGCCCGACGCGGGGCUCGAACCCACGGACCGCGAGAUCGUGACCUGAGCUGAAGUCGGCCGCUUAACCGACUGAGCCACCCAGGCGCCCCCAGACUGCUUGUAUUUUAACGCAUUCACAUCCAGGGUCGUAGUUUGGGCUGUCCCGCCAGGGAUCUGAGUAGUCAGAAAUGAGGGUCUAAAUCAGAGACCAUUCCAAAGAAAGAAGGGAAGGAAUAGACCGAAGCUGAGGCCUGUUAGCGGGCUCACUGCGUUAAAACCUUACAAACACUCUUGGGAGGCUCACACGAUGACCCCCAUUUUGCAGAUAAAUUAAGCCAGGCUUAGAGAGGUUGUUGAUAAGCAUUAGGAAACAAGUUCUCUGAGGAUUGGGAUGUUCUUACUGGUCUGCUUAGUUCAGUUUCCCGAGAAGGUGAAAUAAAGCCAUAGUUAGUACACCAGAGAGGGUAGGUUUUGAGAGCAGUGUCAGUGUUAAUAUGAGAAAACGUCCUGUCACGUCAGAAAAAUGUGAAGUCUACUUUUGUAUUCCUACAUCCAUUGAGUUCCUUAAUAUUUAUUUAUUCUCACCAAAAAAAAAGUUAACUACAGCUAACGAUACCCUUAACACGGUUUUGCCCUUUUUCCUCUCACUGUGUCUGUUGAAUGUUCGUUGUAUUUAAGGGAAUGCCUUUGAAGUAAAGCCUUAUUAUUUUUGUCCAGCUACCGAAAAAGACAGAACUGUGCAAAGUGGUAAAGGGUUGAAGCAUAAGGAACCCAUCUGGAGCUAAUGAGUCUAAAAAUCGUCUUUUCUUUCAACUUCUUUAAAUGACCCCCACCUGAGAAGAAGACACGUUUUACACUGGAUCGUUCUCCUCUAGAACGAGAAGCCUUUGGGAAUAGAAGAUGUUUACAUGUCUGUUGUUGGUCCAUCUCUGUGUCUUAAAAACCUUAAUAUUGGAAGAUUGUAGUGUUUGGGCAAGUGGGUUUCCACUAGCCUCCAGGGAUGGCUGAAACUUCUAAACCCCUCUUUGUUUUUCAUGAUGUUCCAUGUUGUUGUCUUGGAAAUAAAUUAAUAUAUUGUUUUCCA